CAGGUAGUGCGUUCAUUCGGAGAGAUUGACAAGAUCAAGGAAAGUGUAAUUGUUUCUUUGAACCAGGAAUACUGCGAACCAGGCCAGGAUCUAGUGCUUGCCACAGGAGACGAAGUGGCCAUCAUUCCACCUAUUAGUGGAGGUUAGGCAUUAUGGACCACAUAAAGUUAACCCUGGAUAUUCUGUCAGUGGAGCAAGUCACCACUCUUGUUACUGAUCCUUCCUGUGGCGCCAUCAGUCUUUUUGUUGGAACUACACGUGACACCUUCCAGGGAAAAAAUGUUGUGAGACUCGAGUACGAGUCAUAUCAAGAGAUGGCAGAGAAAGAAAUGUAUAAACUCUGCAAAGAAGCUAGAGAAAAGUGGUCUUUGAAACACAUAGCAAUACACCACAGAUUAGGCUUGGUACCUGUAACAGAAUCCAGUGUUAUUGUAGCCGUUAGUUCGAAACAUCGGCGUGAAUGUUUGGAUGCGGUGUCCUUCCUAAUAGAUAGCCUUAAAGCCAAUGUCCCCAUUUGGAAGAAGGAAGUUUAUAGUGAUGGCAGUGGUGACUGGAAGAAAAACAAAGAGUGCACAUGGGUAAAGAAAGAAGAUAUCCCAAAUAAAAGCAGCAGUUUGAAGGAAACCGUCAAUAACAACAAAAGAAUUGAUGAAGAUGGGAGUAGAGAAGCAAGUCAACCACUAGCAAAGAGAAUUAAGCAAGAAAAAGAUCCUGAAGCCGAGGAUGAGAUGCCUUUAAAUACAGUUGGAAAAUCUUGCACACUUGCUUCCAAUGAGAACAGUGAAGGACAACAAAAUAAACUAUUUGUACAGGAAACAAACGAUCAGCAUGAAUUGGAUCCAAACUUGGUACAGAUUGUUGCAUCCAAAAAAGAGCUUGAUCGACGAAUUGCUGCAUUUCAACAACGCAAACGUGAGGAACUAGAUGUGUUGAAUGUACAAGAGUUCUGCACCUUGGGUGGAGGCACCUCAUCGCUUAAUUCCUGUGCUCGGACAUCAGCAGUUAUUUUAAGAUCUAAGGGCUCUAAUAGUCAUUUGAAAAUGACUCAUAUUGUCAAUGACUGGGGACCUCAGACAUUAGGAUUGGAUCCUGGAUCUCUCUCUCCUAAUUUUAAUGCUUCAAAGGAGGCAAUAAAGCAAGAGAGGAAGUGCGACAACAGUAACAACAGCAGCAGGGAGAGCUCAGUAUCCUCAGGACAUUCGUCUAAAGAAACUUUUCGUGAUUCUAAGUUUAAACCAACUUAUGAGGAUACUCAAGAUGAAGAUGUUAUACCCCCUGGUAUUGAGGAGCGGCUUCACAACCUUGAAAGUCACUUAAGGUUGGCCCAUGGAGCUCCUGUACCUCGAGAUGUUUAUGCCAGAAUCAAGGCUGUAGAAGACAGAGUGCUCCACUUGGAAGGAAUAUCACCAGAAUACUUCAGACAUAAAAAAAUUCAAGCACCUGCAAAUACUUCAAGAAAGGUAGAAAUUAAGGCUGUUGAGGAUGAUUUAUCGCUAGAGGAGUUAGAGCUGAAAAUUCACCAAAUAAAGAUGAAAAUCAAGCAAAAGCAGUUGAACCAUGUUUUGUAAAAACUUGGCAGACUCUUUAUCGAGUAAUUUUUGUAUUAUUGUUGAAGUGAUCGGGAAAAUAUGUAUAUGAAUCUGCUAACCAAUAAGGCAAACCUUUAUGAAAUUGUAAAAUUGUGCACUUCUAAAUACCCAUGUUAUUAAAAAAUGAUAUAAAAUGUCCAAUUCCAUUUUUAUUGUACUUUCAUCAUUUAUUUGUACAGUACUGUAUGCUGCAUUAAAAUUUCCAAAUGGUUAUAUUUUACUGUUAUACUGUAUAUAUCAUAUUUUAUGAUAGCAGGUUAUGAAAUCUUUAAGUAGCUUGAAAAUUUUGUUAUUCACAACCGAAUUUUAAUUUAACACUUUUGUGGCCGUGCGGCACCUCCAGCAGCAUGUGGUUCACCCCCUCCUCCCCUCAUACAGCCCCACUCAGUGGUAUGUCAAAUGUUUAUUACUCUUUAUUAAGUUGCCCUAAUUUUUUAAUAACCCAAUUAUUAUUAUCAAAUUAUAAUUAUCAAAUUUCUAUCAAAAUGUUUGGAAAUGAAUUCUCCAGAAUAUAGAUGAGUAACAAAUAGUAUGUGCAUGGUGUUUCUGAAUACUAUAUGAAAGUAUAUAAAUAUUUAACCAUUCUUCAUUUAUUCUCACAAAUAAAAAAAAUAUAUGGAUGUAUUCACAUAUAAUCUAUAUAAAGGUGUAAGAAAAUAAAGAAACAUUGCUUCCGUGCAUUUAUUUUAUUAGGUAAUUUGCAAAGCAAAAAGGAAAUGUACAGGAAAAGUGAUUGUCGUGAAUACUGGCAAAUGAUCAGGUUGAUCUGUGGUUCGUCCCCUGAUAAACUGCACGAACAGUGUAAUUGCCCAAGUGUAGUUACGGGAUGAGAGCUACCCUCGUGGUGUCCAGUCUUCCCAGUACUCUUUGUCGUGUAACGCUUAGAAAAUACUGAUGGUGGUUGCCUCCACCACCUUGCUUAACUUGUUCCAACUGUCUACCACUCAAACAGAAAACUUUUUAACUUUUUUUGGAACCUUUGUUUCCUUAGCUUGAAUCUGUGUCCUCUUGUUCUUGAGGUUGCUGCUUUCAGGAAUUCCUCUUUGUCAAUUUGGUCAAUUCCUGUUAGUAUUUUCUAAGUGGUGAUCAUAUCGCCUCUUUUUCACUGCCCACACACUACAGUAUGGGCAGAGUUAAGUGUUUCAUCAUAAUGGUGCACAUACAAUGAUUUAAGAAAGUAAUUUUCAUAAAGUGUUAAAGCAUAUGACACAUUUUAACACCAUGAGACUGAUUACACACAAUUGUGCAUGAUGCUUAAAUGUCUCAUUGGACACCUAAAGUGGUAAUAUUAUAAAGUUUAUUUACAGCAUAUGAUAUCCCCAAAAAUAAAUGCUGUUUAGCACUCCAGUAUAUUCAAAGAAUUGGAAUACAAUACCUGUACUUUUAUUUAAUUUUUUCAAUAAAACAAGAAUUCAU